AUGCCUCAUAAAGGUCGACGAAGUAAAGGGGUACACCCGCGAAUACCCAAAACUAAUCGAAAAGAGGUGCCUGAUGGAGUUAGGCAGGCAAUCGUACGUACGGCUGGAGUUACUACUGCUCAAGAGGAAGCAGCAUAUUGGGAUCAUAAAUUUUCGGAAAGAACUAUAAGAUAUAUACGACAGCGUGCGCGAGAUCGAGACGAAUCGAAUGGUACGCGUGGCGGAGCUAGACGACCUCCAUUGGCUGAUAUAUCGAAUGUUGAAAAUAGACGUACUCGAGGACAGCAACCUCUUUUGGGACCACGCGAACAACAAAUGCUAGUUUCUAUGGUUAAGGCAACUCGAAGUAGUAGAAUGCUAUCUGCAGAUCAACAUACUUCGAAUUGGAAUAAAACGCAUAAGAAAAAGAUUCACGUUUCGACCUUUUGGAAGGUCAUGUACGCGAAUCGUCUUUCCCAUACUAUACCUACGAAAAAGCCACAAUUGAAUGCAGGACAUCGGAAAAAAAGGGUUGUAGGAGCUACAGAUUUACGAGAAAUACUAAGGAAAACCCCUGAGAGAGUCAUAUUUAUUGAUGCGGCUACAAUACGCAACUUCGAAGAAGAUACCCAUAGAAUGUGGUGUACCCCAGAAGAAUACGAACAUAAAGAUGUGAAACAAGCUUCUACUUCGAAUCUACAAUAUGGCUGUGGUCAGUUCUUUGGGGGUAUAUGCCUAGGAAAGCGUCCUGGACCAUGCACCAUAUAUGCAACUGAAACAGAGGAAGAGAAGAAGGAGGCUAAAGAGGAGUUGGAACGACUGAAUCAAGAGUACGAUCCAUUGCAUACAUUAGCCUUUGCAGGCAGUCAACGACAGGAAGAAAGAGAGUACGAUCUACGAGGGAAGAAGAAGCCUGGGCCUAUUGCUAGUAGUACGACAUAUAAGAAGAGUGUUGCAUAUAAAAGGGGGAACCGCGACAAAGGAGGGGUUGACUGGUAUCGCUUUUUUAAAGGGUUUUUAGAACCUAAGCUUGAACCAUAG